AUGGAGAUAUAUCAGGGUCGGUUGGAAGCUCUUUCACGCAUAAAGACGGCGAUUUCUGCAUUAAAGGAUGGUCUGGACAUCCUCGUCGAAGAUGCAAAACGGUUCCAGGGAGACAGUCCCGCUUCUUUGCCGCCAAAGCUCCUCCGGCAGCUGGGUACCGCAUCUGAUGAUAUGUGUAGGUGUCUGGAAAAACUUCAGGCCGAAUCCACACGUCACCGUGACACGCUCGUCCUAUGGUCCCAGCUCAAUGCCCUGCCAGACGAGCUCCUUAUCACUAUAUUUGAAUGGGCUGCUUGGUCUUCGACUCCGGUCAACGAGUGGUCUGCGAAGGACGUAUUUCCGGUAGAGAUGGUAGUAUCCCAUGUUUCUCGCCGCUGGCGGGAAGUUGCGGUGAACACUCCGACCCUGUGGACGAGAAUUCAAUUCUUCGGUUCUUUGCCCCUGUCGCGGCCUCUCAACUACAUAGAGAGGUCACGCAGUAGCCUCAUCGACGUGUCCAUUGACAUCGGGUACGAGAUAGAAGGUCAUGGAAAGUCCAAUGAAAUCAUGCAUAUACUCCAUCUCCACCUCAGUAGGGUCCGCUUGCUCGAUUUUACCACUACUGGUCGCCAUGGGCUGGGCCGUGUGCGAAGACUUCUCGACAAAGAAUCGGCGCCCAGACUAGAGUACUGUAGUCUCUCCACCCAAGAUCGCGAUGACGGGGCUGACAUCUUCCGACCUAAUCCAACCCGUGGCCGCAUUUUCUCUUGUGGCAUGCCAAGGCUGCGUACGUUGCGUAUGAAGGGUACUCUGCUUCCUCAAUAUCGGCGCGGUUUGCAGUUCCUCACAACCUUGGACCUUUGCAUUCCAUACAGUGCCGGUCUUUGCCCAGUUUCGCUGCGAUUGGCCCUGGCACCUUGCCUGGGCACACUGGAACAUUUUAUAUUCAAGGGCGCAGUGGAAUGGAUUCGCUCGCCGGACUUCACUUUAUGGAGACAGCCGUACAUCCAUCUGCCAGCGCUGAAGUCGCUGACCUUAGUGACCGAGUUCUUCAACGGGAUAUGUUCUAUCCUUGACCCCCCAAAUCUGACGUCGCUCGACAUCGACCUGGACGACGCUAUCCUCGGGGGCCCUGACGACACGGGUGAUGUCGCAGCAUGCUUGAGACUUUCAGACGGUUCUUUACGGUUUCCGAAAGUGCAGUCGCUUGUCCUCCGGGGCUUCUAUGCCGGAGAUAUCGAUGUCACUAUGACGCCCGACUUCUUCAGAGGUCUUCCACGGAUUAAGACCUUCCGUAUUGCCAGAGGUACUGGGAACAACUUCCUUCGUCUACUUGCUCGUUCGAGUAAUCGUAAACUGUGGCCGUGUCUAGAGGAUCUGAUCCUGUCACUUCCACGUCACGAUUUGCUGAGGAAGUUUCUGAGGGUACGCUCCCGAGCGCGAGUGCCUAUCAAGAGAUUGUCAUUGCGAAGCCAUAUUGACAAUAUCAGCGUGGGCGUUGCCCUGAUGGAUGUCGAGGCAAUCAAUUAUUAUGUCAACGGGAAGGACAGGAGAUAUGUCGCUCCAGACCUAUCUGACAUGGAAGGCCCGAACGAUUACUUCAACACCGAAGACGAAUCCGAUUCAGACUCAUCAGAGCGGGACGAUAUGCAAGCCGUCGCCAGUUUGUUCGAACAGCCGUGCUGA